AUGGCGAACGUUUACUUCCCCUACUCCAAGGCGCCUUUGCGCACCAUCAAGGAGAUUCAGUUUGGUCUCUUCUCCCCGGAAGAGAUCAAGCGGAUGAGUGUGGUCCAUGUCGAAUACCCGGAGACGAUGGACGAUCAACGGCAGCGGCCGCGGACAAAGGGUUUAAACGAUCCACGCUUGGGAACGAUCGAUCGGCAAUGGAACUGUGAGACUUGCGAAGAAGGCCAGAAGGAGUGUCCUGGUCAUUUCGGACACAUCGAGCUUGCCACGCCAGUCUUCCACAUCGGUUUCUUGACGAAGAUUAAGAAGCUCCUUGAGACGGUCUGCCACAACUGUGGCAAGAUCAAAGCCAAUACGUCCGAUCCCAAGUUUUUAGAAGCUCUGCGCAUGAGAGACCCGAAGCGGCGAUUCGACCAUAUCUGGCGACUGUCUAAAGAUGUGCUUAUUUGCGAAGCCGACCCUCCCCCGGAUGACGACGAGCCGUUCUCGAAAGAGAGCUCCAAACCCCUGAGGAUGCACGGUGGAUGCGGUAAUGCGCAGCCUCAAAUUCGCAAGGAGGGUAUCACUCUGGUUGGAACAUGGAAGCCCAAUAAGAUGAUGGAUGAAAUGGACAUGCAGCAGCCCGAGAAGAAGGUUAUCAGCCCGCAGGUUGCUUUGAAUGUCUUCCGCACCAUCUCCUACGAAGAUGUUCGCAUCAUGGGCCUGAGUAAUGAUUAUGCUCGUCCGGAGUGGAUGAUCCUGACCGUUUUGCCGGUUCCUCCUCCUCCUGUCCGUCCCAGUGUGCUUGUCGGCGGCAGCACCAGUGGCCAGCGCGGUGAGGACGAUCUGACAUACAAGUUGGCUGAAAUCGUCCGAGCAAACCAGAACGUCCAGCGCUGUGAACAGGAAGGUGCUCCGGAGCACGUCGUGCGCGAAUUUGAGUCCCUUUUGCAAUACCAUGUCGCGACUUAUAUGGACAACGAUAUCGCUGGCCAGCCGAAGGCCAUGCAGAAGUCGAACCGACCCGUCAAGGCCAUUCGAAGCCGUUUGAAGGGUAAGGAAGGUCGUCUACGACAGAACUUGAUGGGCAAGCGUGUGGACUUUUCCGCACGUACUGUCAUCACUGGUGACCCCAAUCUGUCCCUUGAGGAAGUUGGUGUUCCGAAGAGUAUCGCAAGGACCCUGACGUACCCCGAGGUUGUGACUCCCUAUAACAUCGAAAAGUUGCAGCAACUCGUUAUGAACGGUCCGAACGAGCACCCGGGUGCUAGGUAUAUUGUCCGUGACAACGGCGAGCGCAUUGAUCUUCGGCAUGCCAAGAGGGCUGGUGGGCAACAGUUGUUGUAUGGAUGGAAGGUGGAGCGUCACAUCAUGGAUGGCGAUGUCAUCCUGUUCAAUCGUCAGCCCUCUCUUCACAAAGAGUCCAUGAUGGGUCACCGCGUUCGCGUCAUGCCCUAUUCCACAUUCAGAUUGAAUCUGUCUGUCACGACCCCUUACAACGCUGAUUUCGACGGUGACGAAAUGAACUUGCACGUUCCUCAGAGCGAGGAAUCGCGCGCUGAAUUGAGUCAACUCGCGUUGGUCCCGAUGAACAUCGUGUCUCCUCAGCGAAACGGUCCACUGAUGGGUAUUGUGCAGGAUACUCUCUGUGGUAUCUACAAGAUUUGCCGGCGUGAUAUCUUCUUGACCAAAGAUCAAGUGAUGAAUACUAUGAUGUGGGUUCCCGACUGGGAUGGGGUGAUUCCCCCACCAGCCAUCUUGAAGCCCAGACCUCGGUGGACCGGAAAGCAGAUGAUCAGCAUGGCACUGCCUCCGGGUCUCAAUCUUUUGCGUGUUGACAAGGACAGCUCGCCGCUACAUGAGAAGUUCUCUCCUCUGGCGGACGGUGGUCUCCUCAUCCAUGGCGGUCAACUUAUGUACGGAAUGUUCUCCAAGAAGACUGUGGGUGCUAGCGGUGGCGGUGUCAUCCAUACCAUCUUUAAUGAGUACGGACAUGAGACCGCUGUGGCCUUCUUCAACGGUGCUCAGAGAAUUGUCAACUACUGGCUGCUACACAACGGCUUCAGUAUCGGUAUCGGUGACACUAUCCCCGAUGAGCUUACAAUCCAGCGGAUCGAGAACUGUGUGCGUAACCGGAAGAAGGAGGUUGAGUCUAUCACCGCCAGUGCUACUGACAACACUCUCGAGCCUCUGCCUGGUAUGAACGUGCGUGAGACGUUCGAGAGUAAGGUAUCGCGUGCUCUGAACAAUGCUCGUGAUGAGGCUGGUAGCGAGACCGAGAAGAGUUUGAAGGACUUGAACAAUGCCAUUCAAAUGGCCCGUUCUGGAUCCAAGGGUUCAACCAUUAACAUUUCUCAGAUGACGGCUGUGGUCGGACAACAGUCCGUCGAGGGAAAGCGUAUUCCUUUCGGAUUCAAGUAUCGUACAUUGCCUCAUUUCACAAAGGACGACUACUCGCCCGAAUCGCGUGGUUUCGUCGAGAACUCCUAUCUACGUGGUUUGACUCCUACGGAGUUCUUCUUCCACGCCAUGGCUGGUAGAGAAGGUUUGAUUGAUACCGCCGUCAAGACUGCUGAAACUGGUUACAUCCAGCGUAAGUUGGUCAAGGCGCUGGAGGAGGUCAUGGUCAAGUACGACGGCACUGUUCGGAACUCGUUGGGUGAUAUUAUCCAGUUUAUCUACGGAGAAGAUGGUCUCGACGGAGCUCACAUUGAGAACCAGCGCGUGGAUAUCAUCAAGUGUUCGGAUGAUAAGUUCCGUGAACGCUUCCGCGUUGACCUGAUGGACCCCGAGCGAACAUUGGGACCGGAGGUUCUCGAGCAGGCCAACGAGAUCGCGGGUGAUGUCGAGGUCCAGAGGCACCUGGAUGAGGAGUGGGAGGCUCUGCUGCGGGAUCGUGCGUUCUUGCGCACCGUCGCCAAGGAAGAUGAGGAGAUGAUGCAGCUCCCGAUUAACGUGCAGCGUAUUCUUGAAACCGCCAGAACCACUUUCAGGAUCCGGGAGGGCACCAUUAGCGACCUCCAUCCUGCGGAGGUCAUUCCUCAAGUGCGCGCUUUGCUGGAUCGUCUGCUAGUCGUGCGUGGAGAUGACAUUAUCUCGCGCGAAGCUCAGGACAAUGCGACACUGCUUUUCAAGGCACAGCUUCGCAGCCGUCUCGCGUUCCGGAGAUUAGUUACCGAGUACUCGAUGAACAAACUUGCCUUCCAGCAUGUCCUCGGAGCCAUCGAGAUGAGAUUUGCCAAGGCUGGCGCCAAUCCUGGUGAAAUGGUUGGUGUGCUUGCUGCCCAGUCUAUUGGUGAGCCUGCCACGCAGAUGACUCUGAACACGUUCCACUUUGCUGGUGUCUCGUCCAAGAACGUCACUCUUGGUGUUCCUCGUCUUAAGGAAAUUCUGAACGUUGCCACCAACAUCAAGACCCCGUCUAUGACUGUCUACCAGGAAGCCGCCCGGUCCCACGACAAGGAGGGUGCUAAGCAAUUGCGAAGCGCUGUCGAGCAUACUAGCUUGCGUUCCGUCACCGAGGCCACUGAGAUCUACUAUGAUCCUGACAUUCAGACGACCGUCAUCGAAAACGAUCGGGAUAUGGUUGAGUCUUACUUCAUCAUUCCCGAGGAUGUCACGGAUGACUCGUCUCGCCAGUCCAAGUGGCUGCUUCGUAUCAUUCUCAGUCGACCGAAGCUUUUGGAUAAGGGUCUUACGGUGCAGGAUGUUGCGGCUAGGAUCAAGGCGGCAUACCCCAAGGACAUUGCUGUCAUCUUCAGUGACAACAACGCUGAUGAGCAGGUUAUCCGAAUCCGUCAGAUUCAGGAUUACAAGGAAGACGAGGAGGACGAUGAUGUCGAGUACGAUGUUACGCUCAAGAAGUUGGAGCAGCAUCUCCUGGACACCCUCACUCUCCGUGGUGUUCCUGGCGUCGAGCGGGCGUUCAUCAACGAGAAGAGCAAGGUCCGAGUCUUGGAAGACGGCUCCUUGUUCGCGAGCAAGACCGAUCCACUUUGCAAGGAGUGGGUUCUCGAAACAAGCGGCUCUUCCCUGGGCGAAGUUCUGGCCAUUCCGGGUGUCGAUGCUACUCGGACGUAUUCCAACCAAUUUAUCGAGGUGUUUGAAGUCUUUGGUAUCGAAGCUGCUCGGACGGCGGUUCUUCGCGAGUUGACUCAGGUGCUUGCCUUCGACGGUUCUUACGUCAACCACCGUCACUUGGCGCUGCUGGUCGAUGUCAUGACUGUACGCGGUUACCUGACGCCUGUCACCCGUCAUGGUAUCAACCGUGCCGACAAUGGUGCACUCAUGCGUUGUUCCUUCGAAGAGACCGUCGAGAUCUUGCUUGAAGCUGCCGCUUUCGGUGAGUUGGACGACUGCCGCGGUGUUUCUGAGAACUUGAUCUUGGGACAGAUGGCCCCUGCGGGUACAGGAGAGUUCGAUAUCUACCUUGACCAGAACCUCAUGAACACGGUUGUUUCGAACAACGCUCGCUUCGGUGUUAUGGGAGCUCUCGGUGCUAAGGAUGCCAUCAUCUCGGAUGGCGCCGCUACUCAGUAUGACACGGGCUCGCCCAUGCAGGAGAGCGCUUACAUCGGCUCGCCUGAUCCCGAGUCGAACUUUUCUCCCAUCCGUCAAGGAGGUGCCGAGACCCCUGGUGGCUUUACGGAGUACCAGCCUACUGGCGGCUUUGGAGGCGGCUUCAGUCCAGCGGCUACGAGCCCUGCUGGCUAUUCUCCCAGCAGUCCGUUCAGUGCGAACCCGACGUCGCCUGGUUAUUCCCCGACCUCAAGUUACUCUCCCACAUCACCGGGCAUGGGAAUCACCAGCCCUCGUUUCAUGACGUCCCCUGGAUUCUCGCCUGCGAGCCCGUCCUUUGCGCCCACGUCGCCGGCAUACUCGCCCACAUCUCCUGCAUAUGGCCAGGCGUCUCCUACGUCACCCUCUUAUUCGCCCACUUCACCAGGGUUCUCACCAACUUCGCCGAACUACAGCCCUACUUCGCCCAGUUUCAGCCCUGCUUCGCCGGCGUUUAGCCCGACCUCGCCGAGCUACAGUCCGACCAGCCCUGCUGUCGGUGGCGUCGGCCGACACCUAUCCCCCACCUCCCCAACAUCCCCGAAAUACACCCCUACGUCGCCGGGAUGGUCACCCACGAGCCCCCAGACGUAUUCUCCCACCUCACCCAACUUUGCCGGCUCGCCGACGUCUCCUGGAGGACCAACGUCCCCUGGCUACAGCCCGACGUCGCCGGCUUUCAGUCCUACAUCACCCCGCCAGUGA